GCGGAGCUGACGGUGGAUGAGUUCCUGGCUUCUGGCUUUGACUCGGAAUCCGAAUCCGAUCCCGAAGGCGCCCCGGGAGCGGAAGUGCGAAAGGCACAAGGACUUGCCCGGAGCUCGCAAAGACCAGGCGGAAGCCCCCCGGCCAGUAGGCGGAAAGGCCAUGCUGCUGAGCAUAAGGACCAGCUCUCUCGGCUAAAGGACAAGGACCCGGAGUUCUACAAAUUCCUGCAGGAGAACGACCAGAGUCUGCUGAACUUCAGCGAGUCAGACAGUUCUGAGGAUGAAGAGGAGCAGUUUCACUCCUUGCCCAGCAUGCUGGAGGAAGCAAGCGAGGAGGAGGAGGAGGAGGAGGAUGGAGCGGAGGCUGGGGACAAAGUCCCUAAGGGACUGCAGGGGAAGAAGAGGGAUUCAAUCCCUGUGACCCUCGCCAUGGUUGAAUACUGGAAGCAGUCAGCGAAGCACCUCACACCAAAGCUGUUCCAUGAGGUUGUGCAGGCGUUCCGAGCAGCUGUGGCCACCACUCAAGGAGACCAGGAAGGUGCCGAGGACUGCAGAUUCCAGGUUACAGACAGCGCAGUAUUCAACGCUGUGGUCACCUUCUGCAUCAGAGACCUCCUCAGCUGUCUCCAGAAGCUGCUCUUUAGCAAGGCCCCAAAGGACGCCACCAGGGGGGCACCACCAUCCAGCAGCCCAUUGUGGGGGAAGCUCCGUCUGGACAUCAAGACCUACCUGAACUCCGUCACACAGCUGGCCAGCUGCCUGACGGAGGCGACAGUGGCGGCGGCUGUGCUUCAGCACAUCAGCAGCGCAGUGCCAUACUUCCUGACCUUCCCACAGCAGUGCCGCGUUCUGCUCAAGAGGAUGGUGGUCCUGUGGGGCACUGGUGAGGAGACCCUGCGUGUGCUGGCCUUCCUGGUUCUUGUCAGAGUCUGCCGACACAAGAAGGAUACCUUUCUGGGCCCUGUACUCAAGCAAAUGUACAUCACAUAUGUGAAGAACUGCAAGUUCACGUCCCCCAGUGCCCUGCCCCCCAUCACCUUCAUGCAGCGCACCCUGACAGAGGUGCUAGCCUUGGACACCGCUGCUACCUACCAGCAUGCCUUUCUCUACAUCCGCCAACUUGCCGUCCACUUGCGCAAUGCCAUGGCCAUGCGGAAGAAGGAGACGUACCAGUCUGUGUACAACUGGCAGUUUGUACACUGCCUCCACCUGUGGUGCCGUGUGCUGGGCACCCUCUGCCCCAGUGGGGCCCUGGAGCCCCUGAUAUACCCCCUCGUGCAGGUCAUCAUUGGCUGCAUCAAGCUGGUCCCCACCGCCCGCUUCUACCCGUUGCGCCUGCACUGUGUACGUGCACUGACGCUGCUCUCAGAAAGCACGGGCACCUUCAUCCCCGUGCUCCCCUUCCUCCUUGAGGUUUUCCAGCAGGUCAACUUCAAUAAGAAGCCGGGACGCAUGAGUUCUAAGCCCAUCAACUUUGCUGUGAUCCUGAAGCUAUCCAACGUGAACCUACAGGAGAAGGCAUACCCGGACGGCCUGCUGGAGCAGCUAUGUGACCACACCCUGGAGUAUCUGCAGGGCCAGGCCCACAGCAUUGCCUUCCCGGAGCUGGUACUGCCCACUGUCCUACAGCUGAAAUCCUUCCUGCGGGAGUGCAAGGUGGCCAACUAUUGUCGCCAGGUGCGCCAGCUACUUGAGAAGGUGCAGGAGAAUUCUGAGUAUGUGCGCCAGCGUCGCCAGGCCAUCUCCUUUGGUGUAUCUGAUCGCCAGGCCGUGGAUGCCUGGGAGAAACAAACCCGAGCAGAGGGGACCCCACUCAUCAGGUACUAUGGCCACUGGAGGAAGCUUCGAGACCGGGAGAUACAGCUGGAGAUCAGCGGCAAAGAACGGCUGGAAGACUUGAACUUCCCAGAAAUAAAGCGGCAGAGAGCCGGGGGCAGAAAGGAGGAGGACCGGAAGGAGUUCAAGGACCUCUUUGACCUAGACAGUGAUGACGAGGAUGCCACUCCUAGCCUCUCAAGGACAGGGACACCUGGAUCCCUGAGUGUUCGGCAGAGGGCAGAGGAGGAGAGGGAUGAGCAAGACAGCAGCAGUGGCAGCAUAAAUGAUGUCAGUGACUCUGAUGAUGGCGGCGCAGACACGGAGGCGGGGCUGGAUCCCCAGGAACUGUGGCAGCUGGCCCAGGGGCCCGAGGACCAGCUUGAAGACCUGCAGCUCUCGGAGGAGGACUGA